AUGAGAUCAGGGUUAGAGGAUGAAGUUUCUGAUAAGGUUGCUAUGAAUCCAGCUGGUUCUGUUGAUCCGGAUUCUGUUGCGUUCUUUUCUCCAGAUGAGGGAGGCAGCUACUUGCAUGCGAGAGGCUUCUCGACUCAUCAUGUUUACAAACACAUCACGGAACAUGAUUCUACAGCCUUGCAAUACUUCCUCGGAUUUGGUACCGGAUCAGCUCUAUGGAUAUGCAGUUUUGAAUCCCUAUUUAGCAAACCGUGCAGUAAAUGUGGAAAGCUAUUAGCGAUGAAUAAAAAGUCUGCUCUAAUCCUAUCUCCUCUACACCGCACUUACCAAGAUUUGCCUCUUGCAGCCAACCUCGAUGUUUGUGAAGCUUACCAUGGUGGUUGCUCUCCAUAUGAUUCCUAA